AUGCGGCUGAAGUUAAAAACGUUUUGGGCUAGCUUUCAUCCACGAAAAGGCAAAGAGGUUCAAGAGAAAGCUGAAACCAAAGUAAUUCAGGAGAGGGAAACCCUUGACGAAGAAGACAGUGUAGAUGUAAAAUUACUACUUCUUGGUUCUGGAGAGAGCGGAAAGACCACCUUUGCGCAGCAGAUUCACCUAAUCCAUCAAGGAGGAUAUGAGAAACAAGCCCGGCAGAAUUUCCGGUACAAGAUUUUCUACCAUUUGAACCGCGAAAUUUAUUGGAUUUUACAGGCAAUGUCACCAUUGGAAACUGUCUUCGAAAACGACGACAAUCAUAGACUCCUUGAGAUGUUUGAUUUGUAUAGUACUAAAAUAUUCAAUUUUGAUUGGGAUCUCAAUCAACCUAUGUCUUUCGAAUAUUUCCAUGCAAUCAAAAGUCUGUUGUCGGACAAAGGGUUUCAGUUGGCUAUCCUGAAAAGCCGACAAUAUACAUUGGAUGGUCUUUAUUUCCUUACAGACCUCGACCGGCUAGCUGGGGUGGACUACCUGCCUACGGACCAGGAUAUUUUACACGCCUACACGGUAACAUCGGGAAUUAACCAAAAUACGAUUAAUUUUGGCAAUUUCGUAUAUAAUGUAGUUGAAACUGGUGGGGCGCGCUCAGAACGGAAAAAGUUAAGUUACGUCUGCGAUAAUGUGGAUGUAAUAAUAUUCUUUAUUCCACUCAGUGCGUAUAAUCUUACUUUGAGAGAAGACAGGGCCGAGAAUAGUAUAGUCGAUGCACUCGCAUUUUUUGGAUCCAUCGUUAAUUCAAAGCGGUUUGUGAAUACCACAUUCGUCCUAUUCUUUAACAAAUUGGACCUUUUCCAGCAAAAGCUCGUCUGGGGAAUCCCAAUCAAGAAGUACUUCCCAGAUUACCACGGAAAGAACACUGAUGUUCACAAUGCAUUGGAGUUUUUUAUAGAGAAGUUCCGUAAAGUCGUCGACAAUCCAGCUAAGGAGCUUCACAUCCACAUCGGCCAGGCAACGGAUACCGAUACAGCAAGGAACAUAAUGGCUUCCAUUCAGGAUCUGAUGAUAGAACCCAAUUUGUCAAAGCUCAAAGCUUUUUAA